UUUUUCUUUUCCUUCUUAGAAACAUUAAAGGAAAUUGAUGAUGUCUAUGAAAAAUAUAAGAAAGAGGAUGACUCGAACCAGAAAAAACGUCUACAGCAGCAUCUCCAGAGAGCAUUAAUCAAUAGUCAAGAACUGGGAGAUGAAAAGAUUCAGAUUGUCACACAGAUGCUCGAAUUGGUGGAAAACCGGGCCAGGCAAAUGGAGUUACACUCGCAGUGUUUCCAGGACCCUGCUGAGAGUGAGCGAGCCUCCGAUAAGGCCAAGCUAGACGCCAGCCAGCCGGAAAGGUCGUCGAGAAGGCCCCGGAGACAGAGGACCAGUGAAAGCCGCGACUUGUGCCACAUGACGAAUGGGAUCGAGGACUGCGAGGAUCAGCCGCCCAAGGAGAAGAAGGCCAAGUCGGCCAAGAAGAAGAAGCGCUCCCGGGCCAAGCAGGAGCGGGAGGCGUCGCCCGUGGAGUUUGCCAUCGACCCCAACGAGCCCACGUACUGUUUGUGUGACCAGGUGUCCUACGGGGAAAUGAUCGGCUGCGACAACGAACAGUGCUCCAUCGAGUGGUUUCAUUUCUCCUGCGUUUCACUCACCUAUAAGCCAAAGGGGAAGUGGUAUUGCCCGAACUGCAGGGGGGACAGUGAGAAAACAAUGGACAAAGGUCCUGAAAAGACAAAAAAGGACAGAAGGUCCAGGCUUGGCGUAAACUUCCUUUGAGCAGCCAGCUCCCAUUUGAC